CUCCGGCACCUCCUUCAGUCCCUGGGCGCUCACUGGCGGGGGCGGCUGGGACCGUUAGCUCGCCAGGCUGGCAGGCUCCGGGCCGCUACUCCACUGGCGGCCGGGAUGGAGACCUUGCGAGCGCAGCGACUGCAGCCCGGAGUGGGCACCAGCGGGAGGGGCACUCUGCGAGCGCUUCGGCCCGGAGUGACUGGGGCCGCGGCUGCCACCGCCACACCCCCAGCGGGCCCCCCGCCGGCCCCGCCGCCCCCCGCACCGCCCCCGCCGCCUCUGCUUCUGUCCGGGGCCGCCGGGCUGCCGCUGCCCCCGGGCGCCGCAGGCAGCCCUGUGGUACUGCGGGAGGCCGUGGAGGCCGUGGUGAGAAGCUUCGCCAAACACACGCAGGGCUAUGGCCGAGUGAAUGUGGUGGAGGCACUUCAGGAAUUCUGGCAGAUGAAACAGUCACGAGGGGCUGACUUGAAGAAUGGGGCCCUAGUGGUUUAUGAGAUGGUUCCCGCCAACAGUCCUCCCUAUGUCUGCUAUGUCACCCUGCCUGGGGGAAGUUGCUUUGGGAGUUUCCAGUUUUGCCCCACAAAAGCUGAAGCCCGGCGGAGUGCUGCAAAGAUUGCACUAAUGAACUCUGUGUUUAAUGAACAUCCUUCCCGAAGAAUCACUGAUGAGUUCAUUGAGAAGAGUGUCUCUGAGGCCCUGGCAUCUUUCAAUGGCAACAGGGAGGAAGCUGACAACCCAAAUACAGGGAUUGGUGCUUUUCGAUUCAUGUUGGAAUCCAACAAGGGCAAGUCAAUGUUGGAGUUUCAGGAGUUAAUGACAGUUUUUCAACUGCUGCACUGGAAUGGCAGCCUUAAGGCCAUGAGGGAAAGACAGUGCUCUCGGCAGGAAGUGUUGGCUCAUUAUUCACACCGAGCCCUAGAUGAUGAUAUUCGCCACCAAAUGGCAUUGGACUGGGUGAGCCGGGAGCAGAGUGUGCCAGGGGCACUGUCUAGAGAGCUGGCCUCUACUGAGCGGGAGCUGGAUGAAGCCCGGCUGGCAGGCAAGGAGCUGCGCUUCCACAAGGAGAAGAAAGAUAUUCUCAUGCUGGCUGCUGGGCAGUUGGGCAAUAUGCAUUCCUCCAACUGCUAGGCGUCUACCCACAUACUCACAUCAUCUCCAGGCCCGUUUUUUUGUAUGUCCUUUCUAAGACUUAGUGUGAUUUCUGUACAUACUUUCUCAAUUUUAUACUUUAAAAUAUAGAUAUAUAUAUAUGUGUAUGUAUAAAUUCUACACCUAGAUUCCUAUUUGUUGAGAUAUCCCUUUUCUUACUUCUAGUUUUUGGAUGUAGUUGCUUUUGAAACAUAUCCACACUGCUUUACAAGAAAAGCAGGCUGUCUUCAGAGCUUUGUGGGCUCUUACACUGCCAGUAACUCUGUGUAGUCAUUUCAAUAGCACAAAAUGACUUACUAGGUGUUCCUGUCUCCUUUUAAAAUAACAAGGAGCUUGAAUAAGGACUGUGAGCCCCACCCUUAUCCUCAUUGCUGCUUUCUCUUGGACCAAACAGAGCAUGAAAAUGAAAACUUUGGCUUUGGUUUUAUCUUGAGCUGGGCCUAGUUGGUACCAAGUUGUUCCCUCAGUAACUAGGUUACUUCAUAACCUACACCACACCACACUACCACCUUACUCCUCUUCUGCCUACAAACGGUACUUCAUUUUAGGGCUUCCUCACUUUAUUAUUUGAAAUGAAGUGGAGAGCUGGUGGUUUCUUAAUUUUAAAAUCAUUGCUGAGAAGCUUCCCAGGAACAAGAGAGGAAUUAUAAACACAGUCUGCAGGGGUUUAUCACCUGUGUUGCUUCUGGGGCAUAGAUACCAUACCAUACCAGAAUCUACUGAAGGGGUAAGGGUUGAAGUUACUUAUCUUUCAAUAUUCUCUUUUCACUCCUCCUCCCUGCUCACCAAGCUCAGUUAAGCCCUCCCUGUCUAUAGAUCUUCCUGCUACAAAGAUUGGUAGAAGGUAAAACAUAUUUCCCUUUCUUAAAAACGUCCUCCCAUCACUUUGGUUUUUGGAAACAUCUGUCCAAUUUGGUGAGGGCUAUGUUCCUCCUACUCCCAUGAAGUGGCGACUGUUUAUGACCUUAGAUGUAUAUAACUAGAUUCACAUUGGUAUUCCUCUUUCCUUUCCUCUUCCUCCAAAAUAAUUAUUAGAGCAUGAGCCAGUCAGGAAAAUUAGAAGAUACUUUGGCAUUAUGGCACUUCCUAAUAGGAACCAUGAGAAACUCCAGGAGGGGAAAAAGAAUCAAUGAUCAGCUACUUAUGUUUUUAAUAUGAAUACUAUUCUCUUCCCCUACCUCUUUCCUGGGUAAAACAGGAGAAAGAUGAUCUGGAGUAUAGCUAAAGCAUUCCCCUUUGGGAGAAUUUUUUGUACAUUUCUCUAAGAUAUAUUUUCUUCUUGUUUCUGUAAUCACCUUAUACUAUAUUAUAGCUCAGUGCACUUCCUAAACUGAGUUUGGGAAAUUUAAUAUUCCUGCAAAUACACUUUCCGUUUAACAAUUAUACACUUUGCUUUUAGAAAUAGAUUAGGAAACAGGCUACACUUUGCACAUUUGGAUCAGAUAGGGAAAAGAUGAAAGUCAGCUUUCUUGGUUUUGAAAUCAUCUUAGUGACCAGUAUAUAUGGGAUCAGAGGGUAAGGAAUCUAACAACAGUUGUAUUAGUACUUGAAAGGGAUUUCCUUGAAUUCUCCAAGCCCCAUCUCUGUAUUCUCUUCCAUGAAACACAUGUAAGGCUGGAGCAGAGGCUCCCUACUUUUAAAUAAUAAGUGUGUCUAUUCAGUUUUUAUUUAUGUUUAUAAUCCAGAAAUCACAAACCCUCAUUUCUCCUUUGCUGUUUUCUCUGGGAAGCGGUGUGAGUUAUGGAAAGAACUUGUCUUUGCAUCUCCUUGAUUAUUUUUCUCAAAUACCAAUCAGUAAGAUCCCAAAGAACUUGAGAAAAAUUGUUCCCUGAUAUGUCCACUUUUGGUGUUAAAUUUUUACUUAUCUUUUUAGUACUCUCUAUGUAUUUUAUAUGUAUAAUUUUAUACAAUUAAAAAUAGAUUUUUGUCUAGUGAGCCAUAUUGACUCUUUCUUGAGACCCAUGUAUCAGAGAAGUUCUAAAAUGACCCUUUCUCUUAAAAAGUUCAAAAAAGAACUUUUCUUAAUAUUUUUAGGGUGGAAGAAAUAAGAUUAUACUGCUGGGAGAUGGCAUCUGCUUCCCCAUCUCCAGAUAUUUGAGGAGCCUGAAUUUGGUUCUUAACCCUUUCUCCUCAAGUUCUGCCCUUUUCCCCUAGCAGUCACACCCACUGUGGUGGCUUAAACUCUAUCAAACAUAUAAUUCUAAAACCUGUUCCUUCCACCUCAACCUCUUUUGAGUUUUUACAUCUGUAUUUCCACAUGUUGCACAUUACCACCUGAAUGACACACGCUCUUUGCUCUUAUCUAAAAUAAAAUCCAUUUCUCCAUACAUGCUCCUCUUUGACUCCCGUUACUGAAAUUACUGCCCAGCAAUCUAAGCUAGAACCUCAAUUCUCCUUGAGAUCCUU